GAGAGCAGGAGAGAGAGACAGGGAGGGAGGGAAAGAGCAGAGUUGUGCCCCAUAUGUGGAAAAAAAGCAUAGCAGUGCACACACGAGUCCGGUCAGCUCCAGGGAUUAUGCUAGUGCUCUCAGAUCUGAUGGAGGACAUGCAGGCAUGAAUAGGGUUGUUCUGUUGUCAGUGCGCGCUCAUGCCAGUGAUGGACCACAGCCGGACCUGCGCUAACCUUAGCUGGCAUUCAUGAAACAGCAUUCCUCCUUACUGAGACCAGCUCCACAGAAUGCUGAGUCCUAUUGUCCCUUAUAGUGAGUAGGACAUUCUUUUUUUUUACCCCUCCUCUCUAAACUACACACCACAAAGGCUUGACUUAGUUGGACUUUGCCUGAAUCAAUGAGCUCUCACAGAAAAAAAUAAGUGGGAGUGGACGUGUGCAAACAGAACGAGAGAUGCACCAGUGGCUAAAAGUCGGGCUCAGCACAGAGACUGGACUUUUCUUUGAUAUGCAGAGUGGAAACGCUAAACCUUGAGCACUGAAUGUUUCAUCAGCAGGCGGUAGAAAACAGCUGUGGCACAGAAGAGGAACAGAGGAAGGAUGGAGGGAUGAUGGGUUAAGCUGCACAAAAACCCUUAGCUAGGUCUGUUAAAGAUGCACUGGAACCCAGAGCAUGCCCAGCCCCUCAGCCAGUGGCCCGAGCAGCACCUGGAUGUCUCCUCCACCACUUCCUCUCCAGCCCACAAGGGGGAUCUCUACUCUGGCCGUGGACGAAGCUCCUACAACUACGCCUGGGCCAACGAUGAUAUCUCCGCCCUCACAGCCUCAAACCUCCUGAAGCGCUAUGCUGAAAAGUACGCAGGGGUGUUGGACUCACCAUACGACCGACCUCCUACUGUGGGACCGUACCCAGAGCCGGGGGCUUUUGGGGGCCUUAAUGGCCAGAAGACAGAGUUGGAACCUUGGCCGCUGACACACAACACUGAUGGCUCUUAUCCUUUGGUUCCUCCUGGCGGCCAUGAGAGUCUUUCGAGCUCUAAGACUGUUGUCACAUCUGCGGGCCCCCCUGGGGUGAGCAGCGUGUCAGUAGUCAACAGUAAUCUGUCAGACUCGGCCUACAGUGGCAGUAGCUCCUGCAGCGGUUCAGGCGAGUAUCCCUCCAGCUACAACGGCACCUAUCUCUCCUCAGGGUUCUGUCCUCAGCCCAGUGCAGCACUUCCCCCCACCUCCCUUCACACUCUGCAACCCACACCCACUCUGGUGCCCAGCUACAGCCCCAACACACCAGUUUAUAACUACCCACCCAGCACAUACCCACCCCAGACUAACCUUGCUCCCAGCUACAGUCAUCCCUCCACGACAUACCUUCCCUCAGGUCUACCAGCUCCUACACCCAUCCCCUCUAGGCCCACAGUGGUUGGAGGCUCAUACAGCUACCAGAGUGCCAACCUUGGAGCAUCUGAGUCUGGAGGGUCAUUAAAGAGAAAGGCCUUUGAAAUAGGCGUAGAGGAGGAUGACAGUGGGGACCGGUCACGGUACAGGAAGUACAGCUAUGAUUCCCUGAAGGCUGGAGGAAACUCUCCCUAUGGAGUGAGUGAGAAAACAGAGUGCAGGGGAAAUGGAUUCAGCAGCUCAGGCAGCUCAGACCCUCAAAGCUUCAAGCCCAGCAAGCCCUCCUCUCAGCCCCUGGUGUCUCCUCAGUUUGGGGCUGGAGGGGAGUACAGUCCUCCUGCAGGCAUGACGGGGGAGAAUGGGGUAACGGAGCAGGGCUUCGCCCAGCAACAGCACCGCCCCCAGUCACUCAAACGCCCUCCGUUGUGUUCUGCACCUGUUGAAGCUAUGAAGAGCCCAGACCCCCGACUGCUGGAGCUCAUCAACGGAGAGUUGUUAGACUGCAGCCCGGCACUGCUCUGGACCGAACUGUUUGGGCUCACUCAUGUCAAGGCUGCCCUGGAAGAGGACCUGCUGUGGCCCGUGUUAAGGCCCAGCCCAUUGGCGCGACCGCCAAGAACUGUCCUGCUGUUUGGUCCUAGAGGAGGGGGGAAGACGACACUGAUUCGUUCGUUGGCCUCGCAGAUGGGGGCUUCCUUCUACCGUGUGAGCGGACCUAUGUUGGCAUCGAAAGGAAAGCUCGAAGCAGAACAUGUUCUGGGUUCUCUGCUGCAGGUGGCAGGGAUUCGGCAACCCACCGUGAUUCUGCUCAGUCAGGUGGAAGCAAUGGAGGAGGAGGAAGGGCUGAGGCAGAUACUGCUAACAACCCUGGAGAAAAUCCAGGUGGGGCCCACAGGUUUGGUUAUUCUUGUGUGUGCCACUGGUAGGCCAGAUCUCCUGCAGGACGCCGUCCACCGGAGCUUUGCCAAGAAGUAUUAUGUGAGCCUCCCAGACAUGGGGAUCCGUCAGCAUGUCCUGCUGCAGGCGCUGACGCCUCAGGGUUGCACCCUGAGCGAGAGGGAGAUGACCGCUGUGCUGCAGCGCACUGAGGGCUUCUCUGUGUGGGAGCUGCUGCAGCUGAGCCAGCAGGUGCUCUCCUCAGCAUCUUCCCCAGCCGGAGCCAUGCACGGCCUCGCCACAUCCCCCAAAACUCCGGACUUUACAGAUUUUGAGAAUGCCUUUUGCAAGGUGCGCCCACACACCACCACAAAGGACCUGGUCACUUGUAUAGAGUGGAGCAAAAUGUACAGCCACUGAGAAAGCAGCUAGUCACCAUACUCGGACUGCACUACGACCCUGUUUUUGCUUCGGCAUUUAAAGCCUUGGGGAUGUUUUGUUGUUGUUUCCUAAUUACUGAUUAUGCAGCCAAAAGAGCCAGAGAAUCUCGACGGUAGGGGCAGCGCUGAUAAAGUUAUUUCACUGGCAGGAACCUGACAUGGUAUACUGUUUGUUUUGCCCAGAACACUGAUAAUAUUUGAUGUUUUCCCAAAGAAAAAGUGAGGUGAACGGGUUUUAGUCAUUUGGCCAACAGGGGAAAUCAGAGGGGUGUCUCGAUUAGCCUGGGUCCAGGACAAAAUCAGUUAUUUGUUGCUGGGCGAUGUGGUCCAACAUUAUGGAUAAUCAGGGUUUGGAAAAUCCGCCCUUUGGCUGCUACUCUCAGGAUCCUAUUUAUUACCAAUCCACUUCCAUGUUAUCCUACAGUCAAUGUAGUCAUAGGAUUGUCGCUCAAAGGGCUUGAGAUCAGCAACACUUCAGCAACUUCUUCUUUUUUUUUUUUUACCAAAAACUUGACAAACCAAAUGCAUAAUAAUAAAAAGCACUGAUAAUUUCUCAAAACUGACCGGUCGUAACAAAGUAAAAGUCACAGCAUGUUGAUAUUCACAAUAGCUUUUUACCAAAAUAUGACACAAAAACCUUCUCGGAGAGAACAAGUGCAGAAUAAGUGAAGCUGGGCCUCCUUUGUUCUGGAACACAGCUGUUUCAGUGGAGUGUUUUUAUGUUUCGUUGUAAAACCACUUCUCAUGCUUCACCCAUCCAACUGCGCUGUGCUUACAGUAAAUAUAGUACGAUGAACCCAAAACCUGCUUCACGAUUCACAUUCCCCAUCAGGUUCAGUUUCCCACCUGCAGAAUAACACCUGCGCAUUCAGCUUCUCCCACAUCGUGUUGGUUUUUCCUGCCUCCGUUCCUCCUUUUUUUCCACUUUUUUUUUUCUUGUGUUAUGUGAUAUUGUUUGAAAUGCUCAGGAAGAAUUUCUUUACCUCAGAAAUAUGAAAUAAAGAAUGUAUGUAAUCUUAGGGUCUUAGAUAAGAGUGAGAUAGAAGAGCGAGGAGGACCGUGACAGUCUCGUGAAAAACCCACUGCGGCUGGGCUUGUACCUCAGCAGAGAAACUUGAAUAUUCUACAAAGAGUAACAUUGAAUGUAAUUCAGGUAUUUCAAAGGAUAUUUGAUGCCAUAAAUCCAUGUAUUAUUAUAUAUGAAUAUAUAAAUACUUUUUUUUGUUUUGUUUGUUUCAGUUCUUUUACCAUUUAUUUUUAAUGUAGUUUAUGGUGAAGUGAUGAUUGUCUGAGAAAUGUAGAAAACAGAAAAUAUUUCUUCUUUUGUUGGACAAACUGCUGGGAAAUGCACCGUUUGGUGUUUUCCUCACAUAUCUACACACACACACAGAUCAUUUAUCAGCAAACCUUGGUAAACGUGUAAAAACCCUUAAAAUAAGUUAUGCUACUAGCUUAAAGUCACAGAAAUAUAUUUAGAAAGAUCCAAUCUAAAAAUCUCUCAAUUUUGUCAACUUUUUUAAGUUGAUCAGAGUUUUUAUAAAGUUCGAGAUAAAACUUUUUUAACCUGGGGUUGUCCUAUAUAAAACCUCGAGGUGACAUUACCAUCAGUUGUCUGAGUUUCAGCUCAUUUCCUGUCAAUAUGGGCUCCUUGUGUAAAUAUUAGCUGCGAGUAUGACUUUAUAAAGGGGCCCGUUUUUAGCGUUUUUAUUUUUUAUUAUUGGCCUCUUGGGUUGAUGAUGCAUGUUGCCACCAUGGCCAAAGAGCAGAAAGAUGUGGAAGGUAAAACAUCAAAGUUAAAAACUGCAUCAAAUGUCACCGAGUAUCCAUAACAACAACUAGAUGCUUCCCUCACACCAAAUGGCUCCUUAGGAGGCCAGUAAACAUGUGGACUUGUAUUAACCCUUUAACUAGAACUGUGGCUUUUGGCAGAUGAGACAAAGAUUGUGCUGUUAAGAAAUAAACACUCUAGGUUGGGCCAGUGUAAAAAAAUAUUUAGAGGCCUUAAAAUAUGACAGAGGAUCAGUAAUUUCUGUGGGCCUCUUGUUUGAGUGCAUGGAAACACCAGGAGCCCAUUGUAAAAUACUUUUUUAUUUUAAGGCUUUUUGCACAUGUUUACCAGGCAUGUCAAGGAAUCUGACUACAACUGUAAGUUUGCUCUGCAUUGUGAUUCUAAAUUGUAUUUCUAAAUUAAAAAAUAAAUAAAUAAACACAGAACCAACCCCAAUGCACUGACAGUAAACAUCUGAACCCAAAACUUGAUUAAAAUGGCUUAGAAUAUUAAUCCCAACUAGUAGUUCAGACCAAGGUGUUACAUGUGGCUUUCAGUACAUCUCAAAGAUUAAAUAUUUACAAUUACUUUGUGCAUAAGCCAACAUGUAGACAAUCCAGCAAUAUAUCUCCUUCUACGGCAGGUCCUUUUAGACGCCGGAGAAAACCCAGUCAACGUUCUGCAGGCAAAGCGGCUCGUAAGUUUCAGGAUGAUGUAAUAUUCCCCUAUCCUUCAUCCCUCCCUCUGUCGCUCCGUCCCCAUCAUUCUUUUUUCUCUUUCCCCAAAUGCAAUCUCAUUAGACUGGAUUGCCACAGGCCCUAGUGACCAUGUGGCGUUGAAUCUCCUCCCCCCCCUUCUACUUCCCUUAUUCUGAUUUCUCCGGAGUGGAAGUGGACUGAUUGAUGCCCGGCAAUCCUAUAUCUCAGAGCAGCCUUCCCUCACCAGCUGGUGGAUUCAACCAGAUCAAUCAGAGUGACCCCCACUGUCUUGGAAAUGCAAUAAAAAUAAUAAAAAAAACUUUUUCACAAUUGCUCACAUUAAAUUCCAGAAAUGAAACCACAUCCUUCUCUCUGUCGACAGUUUGUCCACCAAAACAAGCUUUUAUUUUGUCCACUUUUAAUCUGCCCACUGCAGUAACUUUUUCUCUUGGUUAUUGUACAUUUUCUGUGACCAUUUCUACCUCAUUUUUGCAGCAUAUUGUACAUGAAAAUAUUUAUUUCAUGUCGUUUUAUUUGAUGUGUUUUAAAAAUGAUAAUGAUGUUUCUUGAACUGUAAUAGUCUACCUCAGAAAAGACUGUAUUUUAAGAGAAGAGUAUCACACAAUA